AUGCCUUGGGCUGGGCCUGAGAUGGAUUUGUGCAAGAAGGUUUGCACUGCGGACAGCUGGCUCAUCCGGAACCCCACUGAGUUCAAAUGCAACUCUUUUGGCCCGACGAACGUUGAAAGGACAUGCUGGCGUGGGGUGAACCUUGGAGGCUGGCUGGUGCUGGAGAAAUGGAUGGCCCCGGAGCUCUUCUCCGUGGCUCCUUCGGCGGAUGAUGAACUAUCUCUGCUUACCGAGGGGGGGCAAUUCCGAGGGGACGCUGUCACCAGAUUCCGAGACACCUUCAUCACUCAACAGGACCUUCAUUGGCUCAGAUAUGAAGGAGGUAUUGAUGCAGUGCGUCUCCCUGUGGGCUUUUGGUGCAUCGACGACUUUGCCAAAGGGACUCCAUUCUUGUCAACCCAGCGCUAUGUAGAUGCUGUGUUUGACUGGGCGGAGAAAUAUGGCCUGAAGAUUUUGCUGGAAUUGCAUGGCCUCGUCGGCUCACAAAAUGGAGAGCAUCACAGUGGUGAAUGCAGACCGCUCUCUUGGCUGCAGCCUGCGAAUCGCAAGAGAAAUCUCGAUGUGAUUCGAGCUUGUGCUGAGCGUUGGGGCUCUCGAGAGUCUUUGCUCGGCUUUGGACUGGGCAACGAGGUGGGAGAAAAAGAGCCCACAUGGCUCGACCAGCUGGUUGCAUUUCUGAAUCUCGGGUAUUUCGAUGCAACACGAUUCUACUGGGCAUCAGUGGCGGACUUCUACACGGAGGCUGCAGGUCUUGUGCAGAAGUACUUGCAUCCUGACGCCAUCCUGGUCCUCGACACUUGCUGGGAUAUGGAGCGCUGGACCAUGGAGGCGUUGCAAAAUGUACCGGGGAAAAUUUGGCUAGACUAUCACCACUACCAGUGCAUGGGAAGCGAGCCUGGCAAUGUACGCGAGCACUGCCAGGCACUGGAAUUUCAGGAACUGAUGACGGAGAAGAUGCAAUCACUUCCUGUGAUCAUUGGCGAGUUCUCCUUGGCUUUGCAGCCCAAUGCUGAGGGAUAUGGAGAUGGGACGUCUUGGCCAAAGCGGUUUUUCCAGAGGCAAGUGGGCAUUGCUGAGAAGCAUGCCGCCGCAUGGUUCUUUUGGAAUUACAAGAUUGCCCGUGAAGGCUGGCCACACUGGAGCUAUCGGGAGUCAGUGGAAAGGGGCUGGAUCGAGCCACAGCUUUUCGGAAAACCGGGCCAUAGCUAG